AGGGUCGCGACGCGUACGAACUGAACAAUGAAGGCUCAUUGAGCGUCGCACAUGCAACUUUACUUCCCUUAAAUCGUCCGAUAUCUCACGAAACUGGGAAUCGUACAAUUGGCAGGCAAUCUUCUCUGUACAAGAAAAACUCUCGACAAACAUGUCGAGGUACAAUGUCCAAGAAUACGAUCUCGAGACUGGGAAACAAGUCCGAUUGACCGGAUACAGCAAUGCUGCCUUCGAAGAUCCACUUCGAAGCAAGAACAAUGACUUGGAGAACAGACUUAGCAGUGCUCGCGUCUCCUCACAGGACGAUAAAAAUAUGAACAAUGAUGUUUCACAGAAUCGUGAAAAGAGUCUGUUAUGCUCUAUGGAAAGGAAGCGGCUCUGCCAACGAAUCAAAAGAUCCUGCACGAAAAAAUUAUUUUAUAAAAGGGUACCUAUAGCAGCCUGGUUACCAAAGUAUCGCAAAGACUACAUAAUAUGUGAUCUCGUUGCCGGUAUUACCGUAGGCCUUACCGUUAUACCGCAGGCGAUAGCUUAUGCGAAUGUCGCGGGACUUCCUUUACAGUAUGGUCUAUAUUCAUCUUUCAUGGCAUCCUUUAUAUAUACAAUCUUUGGAUCCUGCAAAGACGUUCCAGUUGGACCGACUGCGAUCAUCGCGAUAUUGAUAAGAGAAACAUUACAGAAAUCUAACUUAGGACCUGACUUUGCGGUUCUUUUAACCUUCAUCUCUGGCUGCAUCUGUUUUCUGAUGGGGAUCUUACAUUUAGGUUUUCUGUUGGACUUUAUAUCGGGACCAGUUUCUGUUGGUUUCACAUCAGCGGCAGCAAUCAUCAUCGCUACUAGCCAAGUGAAAGAUAUUCUAGGCAUUAGUAUCAGCGGCAGUAAAUUCCUCGAAGUAUGGCACAAUAUAAUCGAGAAAAUUGGGGAAACGAAACUCUGGGACACUGUACUGGGCAUCACUUGUAUAAUCGUCCUUCUUCUUCUCAGAGUUAGUGUCAUCUGAUUGGAAAGUAACACAAGUUAAUCUUCGUAAAAGUAAUUCUUCAAAAAAUCAAAGACAUACCGUUUAUGCAAAAAGCUGCGAAAAUAUCAUCAAAGGCACAAAUAAUUAUGCAAAAAACAUGUUGGUUGUUGUCCACGGGACGAAACAUUCUCGUGGUUCUUGUUUCCGGUGUUAUCUGUUGGCUUCUUGAGAGUCACUUGGGUUCCUCACCUGUUAAACUGACCGGCCACGUUAAACAAGGACUUCCGGAAUUUCAAUUGCCACCGUUUCAAACUUAUUACAAGAACGAAACUUACAACUUCGUCGACAUGGUUUCAGCCCUUGGCUCUGGAUGUCUAGUCAUUCCUCUGUUGAGUCUCUUGGAGACCAUCUCUAUUGCCAAAGUCUUCAACGAAGGUAAACCAAUCGAUGCAACUCAAGAAAUGUUAGCUUUGGGCGUGUGCAACGUUGUUUCGGCUUUCGUUUCUUCGAUUCCCGUCAGCGGUGGACUUAGCCGAGGUGCAGUAAACCACUCGUCUGGAGUAAAAACAACUCUCGGCGGUGUUUAUACCGGUCUCUUAGUACUUGUAUCGCUUCAGUUCCUCACCCCGUAUUUAUACUUUGUUCCUAACGCCGCCCUUGCUGCAAUCAUCAUUGUUGCGGUCAUCUUUAUGGUGGAAUUACACGUGAUCAAGCCUAUAUGGCGAACAAAAAAGAUUGAUCUCAUACCAGCAGUGGUUACAUUUUUAUGCUGUCUUUUUAUAAGACUUGAGCUAGGUAUAGUGAUUGGUAUCGGUAUAAAUGUUCUGUUCCUACUUUACGCUUCAGCAAGACCCUCGUUAAGAGUUCAUAAAGAUACUAGUAUUAAUGGUUGUGAAUAUCUUGUCAUAACGCCGGACAGAAGCCUCGUUUUUCCAAGUGUUGAAUAUGUGCGAGCUGUAAUUAGUAAACAAGGUACGAAGCAAGGGACCGCAGUACCUGUUGUUAUAGAUUCUACGCAUAUUCAAGCAGCGGAUUUUACUGCCGCAAAGGGAAUUAAAAGUUUGACGGAAGAUUUUUCUAAACGUGGACAACCUUUAAUUUUCCAUAAUUUGAAACCGAGUAUUAUUGAAAUUUUCAAGGGUGUAAAACCUUCUGGUUUAAAGUGUAGCUCUAGCGAACUUGAACUUAAUGACUGUUUGAGAGAAUUUUCAAAUGUUUCGUCGGCUACUAUAAACAGGUACUGACUAUAUUUAGACCUCUGUAAAUUUCGUCUUAAAAAUAUUUUUCUUUUUUAUUUUAUUAGUAUUAUAUUAACACAAAAGUGAAUGAUAGGUAAUAUUAUGAUAAAGAGCAGCAAUAUAUUUUAGUCACUGUUAUAAAUGAAAAUUAACUCUUUCAAUACAAUAUUGAACUAUACGACGAUGUUUCACAUGUGUAUAAUAAAAUAAAAAUUCUUAUUAAAGAUGUGUAUAAUACACAUGUAAAAUAACUUUAAUACUUAUGCUUCAGGGAAAGCGCAUUUAUAUAUUUGGUAAAACUCGACAGAUUCGACGUGUAAAUGAUAAAUAUUAUAAGAACAUGUGAAUAUACGAAACAUUACACUAUUUCAUUACAUAUAAUAGGAUUAUAAAUAUAUAUUAGGAUGUGUAUAUAAAAAGAUAAAUGAAUAUAUUGACGUCAAUCCAUGUACACUGUCAAUAAUAUUUUACAUGACUUUUUAUACAAACGUAUUAUUGUAUGUGCUAUUUAAAAAUAACAUCUUAUUAUAUUUGAUACACAUAUUUCACAGUAUUUCAAAAAGUCUUAGCAAACAUUUAAGCUCAUUUCAAUAAAAUUGUAUUAAUAGAUAUAUAUAUUUUUUCUAACAAUAUAACAUUUUUAGAAAAUUAAACAAAUUUGUUUAAUAUAACUAAAAAAUUGAAUUAUAAAUUUUUUUUAAUUAUUUUGACAAUAUGAUUAAAAUUAGAUAAUUACUUUCCGUUAUUACAUUACUUAAUUUAUAUCCAAAAUUCUUGCACCCAUUGCAGGAGUUGCUAUAUAAAAUGUUGCAUGUCCAGAAUAUCUGCUUUUAUGUGAUUAAUUGCUUCAUCAAUUACAUCUUUUUUCAAUAAUGUUACUGUACAUCCUCCAAAACCGGCACCAGUUAAACGACUUCCUAAGACACCAUUUAUCUCUCUUGCUGCUGUUACCAAAGUAUCUAACUCGAUAGAAGAAACUUCAUAAUCAUUUUUCAAAGAAUCAUGACUUUCGUUCAUUAACUGUCCAAAUUUAUUAAAAUCUCUUUUUUCAAGAGCAUUUACAGCUUCAAUUGUUCUUUGAAUUUCUGUGAUUACAUGACGAGCUCGUUUUAUCAUUUCUUCAGGUACAUUUUGCGACUUUAAAAUUUGAAUAUCGCUCAUAGAUACUUCACGUAAACUUCCUUUAUUUAAUAUUUUUGCAGCUUCGUAACAACAGUCUCUACGUUUACAAUAUGCACUUGAACUUAAUUUGUGAGGAGCAUUAGAAUUAGUAAUUAGAAAAACGUAAUCGUUUAUUUGUGAUAUAGGUAUUUGUUUAGUACCAAGGUUUCUGCAAUCGAGAAGAAGAGCAUAGCCUUCUUUGCCCAUUACAGAAAUAAAUUGAUCCAUAAUACCACAUGGAACUCCAGCAAAAUCAUGUUCAGCACGUUGACACGCUAGAGCUUUAUCCUCUGGUUUUUCUGAUUUUAUACCAGUUAAUGCUUCCAAAAAUGUGUAAGUAGCAACUUCUAAGGCAGCUGAACUACUCAAACCAGCACCAACUGGUACAGAGGAUACAAUCACAGCAUUAAAAGAUGGCACAUCACCUAAAAUUAGCAUUUUAACACAUCCUUUAAUAUAGUUAGCCCAUUUUGGUUCUCCUGGUUUUAUAUUCUUACGAGGACUAACUUCAAAUUCAACAUGAUUUUCAGAACUAACUACUUCACUGAGAGAUAUAAUAUUACAUUUUUCCAAAUUGUUAUGCCUUCCAACUAUGAGUGUAAUCAUAGGCAAUGCCUAAAAAUUUAAAAAAUUGCAUUGAAUCAGUAUGCUCCCCAAUUAAAUUCACGCGACCGGGUGCGCAUACACAAAUAUUUGCAUUCUCUCCAAAUUUAUUCACAAAAACAUCUAAAGCUUUCAAUUUGAUUUCAUUCACAUUGAGCACAGUUGUUGCCAUUUUUUCCAGUUAUUUCAAAAAUAUUUACAUAGAAUGUCACUUAAUAUACGUACAAAAUGUAUAAAAAUUGUAAAAAAAUAGAUACAAUGAACUCUAACUUUUGCAACUAAUAGUAAAAAAUUUCAAUUUAUGUAAUCCGCAGUCUAGUAAAGAUACGAACGUACUCGAUAUACUUUGAACGAGUAAAAUUGAUAUUAGUACACGUUAUCAAUCAGCAUUCUUUAUGUGUCAGUCACGUACAUGUGAAUGCACGUUUUAUCGUCAAUGCAAACAUUGCAUUUCACGUAUAUGUGCAUACAACAUGCGCAUCAUAAAUGCAAUAAAAUCAGUAAAAGUGACGUAUGAAGAGCAUGCUUUCAUAUUUUAAAACAAUAAUACACGAUCAAAAUGACAUUUCUUUUGAUCGUUAAGAAUUUCUAAUUGACAUCUAAGUUUAUGUAGUAAACUAAUUGUCGAUAUUUGACAAUAAUCUGAAUUGAUAAUGCAAUGACGGUCUCAAAUCCUCUCAUUAAAGAAUUGAAAGGUUGGACAAGAAAAUUAACUGAAAGUAACAUUGACAUUGAUGAAGAAAAUAAAGAUCUGCUUUUCUUUUUCAAAAGUUUAGAAAAAUGUUUCCAAAAAGGUAUACUGAUGCGUUUAAAUCCUAUAAGUUUUCCAAAAUUACCUGAUGCUUGGUAUUGGAUGGAAGAAAUUGCAGAAAAACAUUUUAGUUCCUCUUGUACUUAUUCUUUGGUAGUUGAACAAGUCAAACAAAAUUCAAAAGUAUAUACACCUACUGGACGUCUCAGGCUUUUAAUUAAAACAUGUUUGAUGCGAAAGUGCCUUCAUAUGCCAGUUGAAAUGCUAGUCAGAACACCAUUAAUGGCUACUGAUUAUUAUGAUAGAAACAGUAUUCUGGGAGAUAAUAUUCUUGGAGAGAUAUUUUUAUCAGUAUUAUUGCAAAGCAGUAAAUUAAAUUUUAAGUUAGAUUUACGAAAUUGUAGUUUUUUGGAUGAGACUUGGCAAUUACCAGAAUGUUUGGCUUUAGAAUUAGUACCAUGUAAAAAUUUAGGAUAAAGUUGAAAUUGGAGAUAUAUUAGAUGAAAUAAAUGGAAAUGCUAUAACAUCAAAUACUAAAGGACAGUUACGUAAAUUUAUGAGAAAGACUAUGGGUCUACCUGUGUCUUUAUACGUAAUCAAAUACCAACGCAUCGUGCGUUUUCAGCAUCGCAAUAAAAAGACCUGUGAGUUAUAUGCACCAAUUGUUCAUCUUAUAAAAAGCUCUGGCAUUGAGGGGUUGAAAAAAAUCUUAAAGAGAUUCAAUUCCGAAAUGGACGAUGAAAAAAUUGAAGUAAUGAAGCCAGAAAAUCUAUUAAAUGCUGGAUUUUCUGUGAAAUAUUGUGGUUCAAUAUAUGUUGGUACAAAAGGUGAUGUUAAACAAAUAGAAAGGGCAAUUAUGCAAAUGCUAAAGUCAGAAGAAAUAAAAUCAGUGCCUGUGAAAUUUGAAUGUUUAGAACUAGGAAUUAGAGUGACUCAAGACUCGGAUGAUACAAGAUACCAAUUGCAAUUUAGCUACCAAAUUUGAUGCAUUCAUCUUUUAUCAUGAGAAUGAGAGCGAAGUGCAAACGAUAUUGCAAAGUUUGGGUCAAGGAUUCCAACGUACUCAUUUCGCAGUUUAAUUUUCUAUGAAAUUAUGAAAAUGAAACAUGACGAUGAAAACGAAUUUUAUGUAAUAUGUUCCUAAAACACUUUUAUUCACAUAUCUAGUCCAGCUCCAAACGAAUUAUACUUUUUAUUUAUUUUAUUCUUUAGAAUAUUCUUAAUAAAAAUUGGUCCAAUCACAUUAAAACAGAAUAGUUUUCUUAAAAAAUAAAUAAAGUAAAUAAGGUUGAUCGUUUUAUUUACUAAAAUAAAAUGAAAUUCGUGUGUAAUCAAAUAAAUAUAAUGCAAUUAUAUUUAUUCGAUUAAAUAAGUUGCUGUUUUCGUAGUUAAGACAUUUAAAAACCGUUGAUGAUAAAUAUGCAUAUUUAUCUGACAAUCAAUCCUGUACAUAUAUCAAAAAUCGAAUAAAUUCGUU